AUGCAAGUAAAAGAAGACAAGGGUAAUGACCUGGCCAACGUCAUCAAUUGCUACAGGCCAGAUCUAAAGCCCUUCGAAGAUGUCUACCGGCACAUCCACAUCAACCCCGAAUUAUCAGGCCAAGAAGAACAAACAGCAAAGCUAGCAUCCGACCACCUCAAAACCCUCAGCUUCGAAGUCCACACAAAGAUCGGUGGUCAUGGUGUGGCAGGCGUCCUACGUAAUGGCACCGGCCCAACAAUCCUCCUACGGGCGGAUAUGGACGCAUUACCCGUAGAAGAACAAACCGGUCUACCAUACGCAAGCACCCGACACGUCAAAGAUGAAACCGGAGCCGACAAGCCCGUGAUGCAUGCCUGCGGACACGACUCCCACGUCGCCACGCUAAUGGCAACCGCGACGCUCCUGCAAGGUGCGCGCGAGCACUGGUCCGGAACAUUGAUCUGUAUUUUCCAGCCCGCCGAGGAAAACCUCGACGGUGCAAAGGCAAUGCUGGAUGAUGGGCUAUACGACAAGAUCCCUAAGCCGGAGCUUGUGCUCGCACAGCAUGUAACACGCAUGCGUAUGGGUACAGUUGGUCUCCGCGCUGGUCCGCUGAUGACUGCCGCUGAUUCCUUCAACGUCCGCAUCUUUGGGCGUGGAGGUCAUGGGUCCGCACCCCAUACGACUAUCGAUCCAAUUGUCGUUGGUGCGUCGAUUGUUAUGCGACUACAGACUAUCGUUUCGCGAGAAGUCGCGCCUGGGAAGUUGGCUGUUGUUACCUGUGGAAGUAUUCAUGCUGGACAAUCGCCGAAUAUCAUCCCGGCGUAUUUGGAUCUGCAAUUGAAUGUGCGGACUUAUGAUGCGGAGGUGCGGAAGCGCGUGUGCGCUUCUAUCCAUCGCAUCAUCGAGAAUGAAUGUCUGGCUGCGGGGAUAGAGCAGAAACCCGAGGUCAAGCUUACUUAUUCAACGCCGUCGACUAUUAAUGAUGGGAAGACUGUUGAUGCUCUUCGUGAGACUUUCGGUCCAUACUUUGGUGAUCGGUUGGUUGAAAUGGAGCCCGCGACUGCUAGUGAGGACUUUUCUUUGCUCGCAACUGCUGUGGGCGCACCUUAUGCUAUGUGGAUGUUUGGUGGAACUGAUUCUGAGAUUUGGGAUGAUGCUGUUGCCAAGGGGACUGUUGAUGAGCUACCUAGUAACCAUUCGCCGUUCUAUGCACCAGUUAUCCAGCCGACAUUGUGUACAGGUGUGGAUGCUAUGGCACUCGGGGCAUUGACUUUCUUAAACCAAAAAUGA